CCGCUUCCUAUCUCCACUCUUCUCUCAUUCUCUAUGUAUGCACUGCCCCUUCUGAUUUUCUCCCUCUGAGAACAGUCUCUUUUUCUCCACCUCGGUGUUUCGCGGUGAUGGCCGGAGGAGCGAUCGUUAACGCUCGCGGCGAUGGAAAGGAAUAUCCGGGGAACAUGACUUUGUUCGUCUUCCUCACAUGCCUCGUGGCAGCUACCGGAGGCCUCAUCUUCGGCUACGACAUAGGGAUCUCUGGUGGAGUGACAUCGAUGGAUUCAUUUCUGAGAAAAUUUUUCCCGGCGGUAUUCCGUAAGGAAAAGCAAGAUACGAGCACGAAUCAGUACUGCAAGUUCGAUUCCCAGCUUCUCACAACGUUCACUUCUUCGCUUUACCUCGCGGCGCUCAUCGCUUCCUUCUUAGCGUCGACAGUGACGCGGGUGUUCGGCCGGAAGUGGUCCAUGUUCGGCGGCGGCGUCACCUUCCUCGUCGGCGCCGCUCUUAAUGGCGCGGCCAAGAACGUUGCCAUGCUUAUUGUCGGUCGAAUCCUUCUCGGAAUCGGUGUCGGAUUCGCCAACCAGUCUGUGCCGGUGUACCUGUCGGAGAUGGCACCGGCGAAACUUCGCGGCAUGCUCAACAUCGGCUUCCAACUCAUGAUCACAAUCGGUAUCCUAGCCGCCAAUCUCAUCAAUUACGGCACGGCCAAAAUCAAAGGCGGCUGGGGUUGGCGAGUCAGCCUCGCCCUUGCCGCCGUUCCCGCCGGCAUCAUCACCCUCGGCUCCCUCUUUCUCCCCGACACUCCUAACUCUCUUAUCGAACGCGGGCACGAUGAGAAAGCUCGGUCCAUGCUCUGCAAAAUUCGCGGCACCGACGACAUUCUCGACGAGUACGCCGACCUCAAAGCCGCCAGCGAUGAGUCCAAAACAGUCAGACAUCCAUGGCGCAACAUCGUUCAAAGCCGUUACCGGCCUCAACUCACCAUGGCCAUCCUCAUCCCCUUCUUCCAACAGGUCACCGGCAUCAACGUCAUCAUGUUCUACGCCCCUGUUUUGUUCAAAACUCUCGGCUUUGGCAACGACGCUUCGCUUAUGUCGGCUGUCAUCACCGGCCUCGUCAACGUCUUUGCUACCUUCGUCUCCAUCUUCACCGUCGACAAGCUCGGCCGACGCAAGCUCUUCUUGCAGGGCGGUGUUCAAAUGAUCGUUUGCCAAGUAAUCGUUGGCACGCUUAUUGCAAUAAAGUUUGGAACUUCUGGGGAGGGACACCUCUCGCAUACUUACGCAGGCGCCGUGGUGGCUUUUAUCUGCAUCUAUGUCGCCGGGUUCGCGUGGUCGUGGGGGCCGCUUGGGUGGCUUGUGCCGUCGGAGAUUUUCCCGCUGGAGAUUCGGUCAGCCGGGCAGAGUAUUACAGUAUCGGUUAACAUGCUCUUCACCUUCGUCAUCGCGCAGGCAUUCCUUGCUCUGCUUUGCAGGCUCAAAUUUGGGCUUUUCUAUUUCUUCGGUGGCUGGGUGGUGCUAAUGACCAUCUUCGUAGCUUUCUUUGUGCCGGAAACGAAAGGGGUGCCUAUUGAGGAGAUGGUGCUGGUCUGGAAGGGGCACUGGUUUUGGGGCCGGUUCAUCGCCGACGAAGAUAUUCACGUCGGAUCCAAGCUUGAGUUGACAAACGGUAAAAAGGGUGGCGGCGCCGCCGCUGUUGCUACCGUAUGAUCACCGGCGUUUGGAUUGAAGUAAGACGGGAACUUAAUGACAGUACCACAAAAAAAAAAAUCAAGUUUUCAUUUUUCUAAUUUUUCUUGGGUACAAUUUACAAAAAUGUCUGUAUGCUCUGUUUGCUUCCCAACUCUUGGGAGUGGGUUAAUGUAGUUUUUUUUCCCCUUAAUGUGGAAAUAUAUCAAUAUAUCUUUCUCUUGAUGAUUAGGGAUUUGGAUGUAUGUGCUUAGGCAUUUAGAUGUAUGAAAUAUUGCCCAAGUA